UAUAUAACUUCAGGUAUAUUUUUGUAAAUAUUUUAAAUAAGGUGUAUUUUAGUUAAAUUUGCCAAUAGGACCUAAACUUGACAUUCUCCACCAGACAUGUAGUGCUUACAUGUUUUAUUGUACAAAAAAGAGAGUUCCUUAGGACUUCUGCUGAGCGUCCUGAGCGGUGUGUGUGUGUGUGUGUGUGUGUGUGUGUGUGUCUCGCAGUGCGGGCUCAGAUGUUGGAGUCGAGGCCAGAGAGAGAGAUGAUUCACCCGUUUGGCAUCCCCCCUUCCUCCAGCCCAGGAAGUUAACUAGAGUUCGUUGACCCCGUGAGAGUGCACGAGAGGAGGAAGACGGAGGCGUUGUCCUUGGCCGUGCCUCAACACUAACACCAUAAAUGUCUUGUGCACAAUGGGGACCUCUGUGAUUCUCUCAAACACUUUUAUCUUUCUGUCCUCUACGUUCUCCAAGUUUCUGAUCUCUUUCUGCCACUUCAUGAAAUAAAUGAAAACUGCUUUUUGGGGGGGUUCACAAAAAAGCUAAUUUGUGGAAGCUGACGUGUGUUUUUCAGGCCCCGAACCCUUCAGGGUCUUCAGCUGGAGUAUAGGGGAUGUCUGGAGAGACAUUGAAUCAAGUUUGACCUGGGGUGUGGGUGGGAUGACAGUCCCAGGAAAAGCAUAUAAAUCUCCCAGCUCUUCGAUCAUGAGUGAGGAAAAUGUACUGCCUGAAGCAAAGAGCUCACUACAUCUGGCACAGCCCCUCCCCUCUCUUCUUCUUGGCAUUCUAUUGGCCAGCUGGCUUCCCUAGCUCCUCCCUCUUUCUCACUCACAAACAUUCUCUCAGGCCCCUCCCACUCCUCCUGGCAGAAGUGUUUUGUAGAAAGUGUUGGUGAGAGCUCGUUCCUGUUGUAAUAAAGGGCUGCUUCUGCUCAGUGAGAUCAUUCGGUGUCCUCCAGGGAGAAAUCCUCAAAGGGACGAGCCGCAGAUCAAGUCAACUGGACUUGCAAGGAUGUUGAUGCUUGUAUUUUGACUAUUUUAAUCCAUGCUAAAGAAGGAAUUUUGAAAGAUUUUUUGCAUUUUUUUAACAGGUGGAUGUUUUUUUUGGACUUCCUCAAACGCAUGCCUCGGGAAUGUUCUUGGACGAUUUAGUUUUCUUGGCAAACAUUUAGGAAAUGCGAUAUCCUAUAUGUAUGUUUUCAUCUGAUAACCGUAACUGAAAACCCUCAUGAACACGUUGAAUCUGAAAUAUUGUAAAGUGGCGACGUACCUCUGAGUUUCUGGCUGGAUCUGGAACUGUAAAUGUGGUGGAUCAGCGGGCAUAACCCAUCAAACAAGAAGAUUGUUGGCCACAGCCUUUCCGAGCAGACCACUAACAGUCCUCGGUUUGACUCAUUUCCUGAGGAACCCGUGCUCUGAUCUCUUGGUCAAGACUGAUGUGUGUCCAUGAUCAGUGUGAGGCGUUCUCCUGCUGUGUGUGUUUGAGACCCAGCGGCUCAGAAACACACGCGGUGAUGCUCUCGGGGAACUCUCAGAGCAUGUCCUGCUGAAGCAGAUCGUGAAGCACCGCACCUCCAUCAGGAGCGCACACAGUGAGUGGGAACGUCUGCUCAAACGGACAGAGCGAUGGAAGUCCUCAGCUUCGAUGCAGAGUCUGAUUGGCUGUACGACUGGGAGGCGGUCCGACAGCCUGAAGUGCCCCCACGGGAUUGGACGGACUGCGAUUCAGAGAGCGUUCCUGCUGUUUUGAGCCCCACGUACAAGCAGCGAAAUGAAGACUUCAGGAAGCUGUUCAAGCAGUUGCCCGACACGGAGCGCCUCAUCGUGGACUACUCCUGUGCGCUGCAGAGAGACAUCCUCCUGCAGGGCCGCCUCUACCUCUCCGAAAACUGGAUCUGUUUCUAUAGCAACAUCUUCCGCUGGGAAACGCUGCUGACGGUGAAGUUGAAAGAUGUUUGUUCCAUGACGAAGGAGAAAACAGCCAGACUCAUCCCCAACGCCAUCCAGCUGUGCACAGACAACGAAAAGCACUUCUUUACCUCGUUCGGGGCGAGAGAUCGGACGUACAUGAUGAUGUUCAGACUCUGGCAGAAUGCUCUACUAGAAAAGCCAUUGUGUCCCAAAGAGCUGUGGCAUUUUGUCCAUCAGUGUUAUGGGAAUGAACUGGGUCUGACCAGCGACGAUGAAGAUUACGUACCUCCUGAUGACGACUUCAACACCAUGGGCUGUUGCCCGUCUCCCUGGUGCAGGUACUGCGAGGAGAUCCCCGCUGAAGACAACGAGGCCCCUGACAACUGUCCCAAAACCCAAGACGCCAAAAUGGACAUCAGCCCUCAGCUCCACAGGAAGGUGUUCCUCAACAGCAGUGUCCACUCCACGGACAGCACCGACGCUCCGGUCAAUUUCCCCGAUGUGCCCCCAGUGGAGGACUUUACUGGCUGCGUCCCAGAAGACCUCCUGCCCCUGCCUUUGCCCGACAACAUGCUGUCCGAGACCGGUCCUGUCCCCGGCCCUCCGCCCUCCCUCGACCUCAACGACAACGAGGACCUCCCGACUGAACUCAGCGACUCCUCGGAAACACACGACGAGGCUGGGGAAGUGCAGGCCUUCCAGGAAGAUCUGAACGGGAAACUGUACAUUAAUGAAGUGUAUAUGUUCAGCGUGGAGAAACUGCACGACCUCCUCUUCACUGAGUCCCAGUUCAUGAGAGAGUUCCUGGAGCAGAGGCGCUUCUCAGAUGUGGUGUAUCAGCCGUGGAGGGAAGAGGACAGCGGUCAGACCCGAGAGAUCCGGUACACCAUCGCCCUGUCCAACCCGCUGGCCCCAAAGACGGCCACGGUCACCGAGACACAGACUCUGCACAAGGCCAGUCAAGUGAGCGAGUGCUACAUCAUCGACGCAGAGGUGAUCGCUCACGAUGUCCCAUAUCACGAUUACUUUUACACGCUCAACCGCUACAUGCUCACUCGGGUCGCCAAGAACAAGUGCCGUCUCAGAGUGUCGGCUGAACUGCGCUACAAGAAGCAGCCGUGGGGACUGGUCAAGGGCUUCAUCGAGAGGAACUUCUGGAGUGGCCUGGAUGAAUAUUUUAGGUAUUUGGAGCUAGAGUUGAGUAAGCUGGUGCUUUCUGAACCUCACAAACAGUCUCCCAGAUCCAAAGCAUUACACACGGCUCCGGUGAGGCGCAGGAAGCGGCCCCUGACGCACACGAGGCAGCAGCACACGGACGAGGCGCUCCGGCCCGCCACCAGCCCUGAGGAGGAGAAGAGCGUCGUCCGGCGCAUCAAACACGUGGCAGGAUCCACACAGACCAGACACGUCCCGGACCACGGAUCUGAAGGCCUGGCUCUCUACAGCGUCUCCAAACUCCUGCUCAUCGUCAGCUCUGUGAUUUGUGUCAGUCUGGUGCUGCUGGUCUUCUUGAACAUGAUGCUGUUUUAUAAGCUGUGGAUGCUGGAACACACAGCCCAGAGUCUGACCUCAUGGCAGGGUCUCAGGUCUCCGGAAAGUAAACUUCCGCAAACACAGAUUGAAUGGGCUCAACUUUUGGAGUCUAUGCAGCGUUACCAUGAGAACGAGCUGGAGAAAUGGAGGGAAAUAAUAAAGUCAUCUGUGCUGGUGUUGGAUGAGAUGAGAGACUCUCUAAUGAAACUACAGAAAGGUAUCGGGUUUAAAGACUAUGAUUCAGACAGUGAGGAAAGCACCAGUCGCUAUCACUGACGGUUCAGCGAAUGUAAUGAACAUCUCCACACGCAAGCGUUCAGAUGUGGGCGGGGCUUUGGUUCUCGCACUCGCGGUCCGCCCACGGCGCUGUGAGGCCUUUCUGACCGCAGACACGGAAGAGGAAACCCAGCGCUUUCAUUUCUCCGUCAGUCUCGGGGGAAGGAUGGUCUGUUCACCCAGGGCUAAAACAACUCGCAGACACCGACUCUCUGGUUUAAACACUCGGAAAACUUGAGCAUCCCUUUUUGAAACCUUUUGGAGUCUGGGACCAGAUAAAAAAAAUAUGGAGUCACUAUCAACAAGUGUUAUGUGGACAUGUACACAUUUAUUUAUAAAAACAAAAUAUGGAAUUGAAUGAUAUUAUGAUAGAGAUGAAAAUAUAUAUCAUUUCUAUGUGGAGCUAUAUUUGUUGCCAGAGUUCAUUUGUAACAGGCUUCCAUGGAGAAUCAAGGCUGGCUCCUUGAUAGCUUGCGCCAUGGUACAUCAACUAUAUGCAAUUGGUUUAUCCUCCUGUUGGAAAUGACUUCCUCUGAUUGGUUGAUUUGCGUACGGUGGAAUCAUCUACUGAGGUCAUCGGCUGCAUUCCAGUGUUCAUACUGCUGCACAAUAGAGAUACUUCAGGCAUAUUAGUUAGGACAUGGUUCAUUUCCCAUGUUCACUCCAUCUUGCGCACAGUUGAGUGUACUAGCUUUUCAAAGUGUACUCCUUUUCCCGUGAGCGCGGAUGGAUGUGUUCGGCCUUUCUAUUCAAGCACUCAAGUCUCUCUCUUACAUCGCUGUUGUUGUGCACAAGUGGGAAUGGAUGCAAAAUUCAGGACAUUAUUAUUUGAAAGGUGAUUUUUCAGUGUGAAGAGUCAACUACAAGAAAUCCAAAGGAUUAUUUGCCUGGAAAGUGAAAUACUGUGGCUCUGUGGUGCUAUCAAAACCUCUCCACCAGCUUGGCACGUCGGCAACCAAUGGCUAGAGUUAGGGGCGGGACUGUUUGUUUGGCUGAUCAGUGAUCAGUGGCGGCACACACUUAUCCAUGCUCAGAGUGUUGCGAAUCAGUGGCAAAACCUGGAAACAAGUUAGCAUUUUAGCACUUCCAGCUCCAUCAGUGGGUUUUUGGCUAAAUGGGUUUUGGGUUAAACUCAAGCAACAACGAAAGAAUCAUCAGUAAAGAUAUCGCCUUGUGAGUUUUGUUUAAUGCUUUUACUUGUCUUAAAGUAGUCAGUGGCUAACAAGUGGCGAAAUGGGACUGCGAAGGGUUUUAAUUGAAGGCUGCAAGAGUUGUUGGAAGCUUAGUGAUGAUGACGUCCAAGUCAUGUGGCUGUGGUGUUUAGCCUAACUUUAGUGUUUUACUCAUGCCGAUUGUAUUUAGACUUGUUCAUUUAUGAAGAUUGGCAUGUAAGUUAAGUGGAAUCAUACAUUUUUGUUGGUCAGAGCUAAAAUUGCCAAUUGAAAAAUCCUGCUGUUUUUUUUUUGUUGUUGUUGUCGUCAAGGCAACCAGGGUGAUGCCAAAUUGUGGGUUGACCUCACCUCACGCACUAUGAAGAGGUGUAGUAUGGGAACUGGGAUGCAGCCAUCAAGCCUGCGGUCAACCAAACCUCUCGUCUAGUAAUGUUUGUGGUAUAUCACUGGUUGACUACAGCAGGUCCACUCCAGCCAAUGGCAUCCAUUCAAAUGUGAACGAAUUAUUGUCACAUGAAUGUGUUUCUUUUCUCCCCAGGGUUCAUUGGUGUCCUGUGGACAGCUGUAAACAACUUCAUAUUGCCAAGCUUUGAUUUUAAAGCCACUUUGUGAUGUAUGUUCCCAUGUUGUAUGUUGUCCUUGUCUUGUGUUCUGAUGCUGAACCAGCUGCUGGACGGGUGAGAGAUGCACAUUGAUUUGAGAAAGUAUUUAACGUGGCUUUAUUAGUGUAGUGGAAUAGGACAGACUUUUUUCUUGACCAGCAGUGGGUUCGUUAAGACUAAACUGUGAAAAAUCCAGGUUAUGCUUGAACUUUCAAAAAGAAACUGAGCAGCAAUCUGAACAUUUGGCAAUAUAAUAAACGUUCAACCUCAUGAUACAGUUCAAAUUACCUCUGAGGUGCCAGAUGUCCUCGUACAGACUCUCACACGCACGAGUGGGAAACGCUGCGGUCCUAGAUUGGCCUCGAGUGAUAUUGAGUUCUGGUGCUCAUGUUUUAUUUCCUGAUCCUGUUCCCCAUCAAGAUUACUUCCAAAAGGCCAAAAUCUAGAAUUAGAAAUGUGUUUACUGGAAUUGAUCUACUUCUAAGCAGCAAUUUCUCAAUCUAAAGUUGGUUCUGAUUUGCAUAUUAUUUACAUAUCAGGUGUGGUUUUUCUCGAGAGUCGUAGUUUCUCCUGUGAAGGGAAUCUCCAAUGGAACCAACUGGUUUUAAGUCCCGAAUUGCCAAGAACAAUGUAUGAACUGAUGAGAAGACUAGAGACAGAGAGUCCAGAACAUGUGACCGAUGAGAAACGGUCUCAGAUGGACUGGUCUAAUCUGGUCACUAUGAACCAGUUUCAUGUGUUCAAGGCAACUGUAUCUUAUGUCGAUUUUGUCCUUCGAGCCUGUGCGAUGCUGGACACGUGUCUUUCGGAGCCUAUGCAUUGCCCUGUUGGCUUUAUUGACAGACCUCGUAUCCUAUUGUGAGCUACAAGGGCAAUUUGGAAAUGUUAUUAGACUAAAAUUGGCAUCUGCAGCUCAUAGUGAUCAGCUUGUACUGUUUAUGCUAGAGGAUCAGUUAGCCCUCAAGAACGGUCUAUUUUUCAUUAUGAUUAUGUUCCUAAAACAGGGACUACAGAAUUGAUGUCUGUAUUCAUCCUCAUAGUCAUUAAACUGAUAUGCAGUAUUUAAUGUGCAAUACAGUGUUUUCAAGUAAAGUUAGGAUCACUGAAUCUGCACGUGAACCGUCUGUGAGAAUGUAUUUUAGCUGAAAGACGAUCCUUUAUUUGGCCGUUUUUGUGAAGCACGGGUGAUUUAGACGUGUAAUGACUUUAGAUGUCAAGCAUUGGGACGCCACCGCACUUCUGCACACUGCUCACUUUCAGGCCCUAAACAGUAUUUUUCAGCAUUUUGCAGGUUCUGCGAACAGUAUUAUUUCUAAUGUAGCCGGUGUGCACGGACAGGAUGGUUGCUUUCCUAUUGGUCCAGGUGAAUUGGAUAUGAAUAUUCAUAUAUGAUGUUUUUUUAGCGCAUGUCAAUGUUAGGAGCAAAACACUGAAGUAGAAAAACACUGGUUAUUUUUCCCCCCAAAACAUGGAAAGAAGGAAAAAAUGAAUAUGUAUUUUAAUUACAAUGUUGAGUUUUAAAUGCUUUUUUAUCAUAAUUUAAAAUGUUCUUUACAAAAUGUAUAUACAUGUGUUACUGCAAUGUAUGUAUAUGUUGUGUACAGUGCACAUCCUACGUGCGCUGGUUGCACUGUGGGAUCCCUGAGAAAUGUUCAGAAAAAAAUAUUACAAAAUUUGUGUUGUCAAGAAAUAGGCGGAAUGAAUAAAAAAGUAUUUGAAGAUGA